AUGGAAAAGCGGGAUCGCCUCCUGGACAUUCCUUGUAGAGUCUGCGGCGACAGGAGCUCAGGGAAACACUACGGAAUAUACAGCUGCGACGGUUGCUCGGGCUUCUUCAAGCGCAGCAUCCACCGCAAUCGGGUUUACACGUGCAAGGCCCAGGGCGAGCUGAAGGGCAAGUGCCCCAUCGACAAGACCCACAGGAACCAGUGCCGGGCCUGCAGGCUAAGGCGGUGCUUUGAGGCCAGCAUGAACAAGGACGCAGUGCAACACGAACGUGGGCCAAGGAAACCCAAGGUCAAGGAGGCUGGCGGCGAUGCUACGGGACACGGAGUGAAGGUUCCGCAUCCGGCGGCCGGCGGUGGCGGUCUAUUGCUGUCGGGGCUGUCCUUCCCCUCGGGAAAGCCGCCGCCCCCACCGGCGCCUCCGCAGCCUCCCAUGUCUGGCCACUUCGACCCUUCGGCGGCCGUCAUGGCCGCAGCCGUGUCCUCUUCGCCCAGCGGCGACGGCGGGCCCCCUUCGUCACCGAUGUUCCCCAAGGAUGGUUUGAUCGGCUCCGCGGGUCUCCUGCAGAUGCUGCUGAACGCGGAACGCUCACAGGAGCUCAUCUGGAACAACGCGAGGAUGGGAGGCGGCGGUGGUGGUGGAGGCACUGGAGCGAACAACGCUUUCGGCGGCCCUCCUUCCGGGCUGUCGGCCAAGCUCGGUGCCGAAGGCGGUCUGUCUGCCUUCUCACUGCUCUCGUCCACCACGCACCCGUUCGGGUCGCUUGAGGAGGCGGUCCUGCGCCAGCGACUGCAAGGCUCCGGAGUGACGCAGCCAUGCCCCUGGGGUAACACUGGCGGAGGAGGAUCGGUGCAAGAGGUCACGGCCAGGUUGCUGUUCAUGGUCAUCCGCUGGGUGAAAUGUCUGCCAACGUUCCAGACGUUAUCCAAAAGCGACCAGGUUACACUACUGGAGGAGUCGUGGAAGGACCUGUUCCUCCUCUAUAUGGCCCAGUGGUCGGUGGCAGCCGACAUCGUCUCUUCCUUGCCGGGUCUCAAAGGGGGCGGAGGCCCUUCGCCAACGGCCACCGCUUCGCUGCGUCUGCACCAGUCAGACGGCCUAGAUGGCCCACCGUCGUCGCCCCAGCACGCCGCCGAACUGCACUACAUCCAGGACGUGAUGCGCCGACUGAGGCAGCUCUCGCCGGAUGACACCGAGUGCAGCUGCCUCAAGGCGGUCGUACUGUUCAAGCCUGAGACUAUCGGCCUGUGCGACGUGCAUCCGGUGGAGAUGCUGCAGGAUCAGGCGCAGUGCGUACUGGGCGACUACAUCCGACACAAGCACCCGCGCCAGCCAACCCGCUUCGGCCGCCUACUGCUGCUGCUUCCCAUCCUGCGGGCCGUGUCGGCGGCCACCGUCGAGCGGCUCUUCUUCCGGGACACCAUCGGCAACAUCCCCAUCGAACGCAUCCUAGGGGACAUGUACAACAUGGAGAAAGUCGACUGAAGUACGCGUUUCAGGGCAUGCUGCGAAAAAAUGCCUCCGUGACCCCCGCACGACAGAAGCAGGAACCGGUAUUCUCAGUGGCAAUGAGGCAAACGCUGCUCACACAGAAUGGAUAUUCCAUGCAUCAGCGUUCCGAAUGGACGUCCGACCAACUUAUUAAGGCAGCAUUCGUUUGUAGUGAGCUUAUGUCAAACGUUACCUCUUCCGGGUGCGACAUUGGUUCGUCGGUCACAGCAACUGAAUCGCUAAAUGCCGCCAUCUCAAACGGUCACAUGUACACGAAUGGACGAAGCCAGUGCGAGUUCCACAGCAGGCUCGUUGCCUGUCAGAACUCCUUCGGGUAUCCUGAGCGUCAUCAUCAGUGUUUCAAAAUGGCCUGUUUAACUUCGCUCGAACUUUAUUCAUAAUUGCAAUUAUCUGUGUAGACGCGGGUGGCAGGAAGUCGGAGACUGUGCACCCUCGUAUGAAGGGGCAUUUUGGAAGAAUAUAAAGAACUGAACUCGGAGUGCUAACGAAGGAGGCAGCGCCGCCUGGCACUUAGACAACUGUAAUCACAAUUUCUGUAUCUAAAGCAGCGAGGAAACGCAUAAGCUGCAGUGGUGGCAGCCGUGACCAUUUGCUCCGGUUUGAGAAGAUAAAUUAGGCCAGGCAACUGAAUGAAGCCGGAAGACGACGAAGAACGAAGACGACGUUCACUUGCUGCCGGUUCGGAAUCAUCACCAACAUAAUUUCGGACAAAUUUCGGCGUUGCGUGUCACGAGCUUUACAUAUGCCUCACGUAAAAAUCCCAUUUUAAGUGGGUUUUCGUAGCGUGAAACACCCACACAAGGACAACUAUAGGACCCGC